AUGAAGUUCGGGAAAAGGAUUAAAGAACAGAUACAAGAGUCUUUGCCGGAGUGGCGAGACAAGUUUCUCCGUUACAAAGAACUCAAAAAUCUGAUCUCUUCUCCGGCACCGUCCGAAUCCGUUUUCAUCGGUUUGUUGAACGACGAGAUCGACAAGUUUAAUGCUUUCUUCGUCGAACAAGAAGAAGAUUUCAUCAUCCACCACAAGGAGCUGCAGUAUCGGAUUCAGAGAUUGGUAGAGAAAUGUGGACACAACGAUGACAUUCGUAUAGAGGAGAUUGGUGAAGUCAGAAAGGAUAUUGUCAAUUUCCAUGGCGAAAUGGUUCUUCUUGUCAAUUACAGCAACAUCAAUUACACUGGAUUGGCGAAGAUUCUCAAGAAGUACGACAAGAGAAGAGGAGGGAAAUUACGAUCGCCGUUUAUCCAGAAAGUUCUCCGUCAACCGUUUUUCAAAACGGAUCUAGUUUCAAGGCUGGUCAGAGAGUGGGAGACGACGAUGGACGCCAUGUUCUCGCCGCCGUCUGAUUCACCAUCGUCGUUAGCAGACGCAGAAGAACACGAGAGAUCUACGGUUGCGGCAGCCGGAGAAGGAAUAUUCAGAAAUACAGUCGCUGCAUUGUUGACCAUGAGAGAGAUGCGAAGAGUAAGCUCCACUCACAGCGCUUUCUCACUCCCGCCGCUAAAUCUCUCCGACUCCGAUCUGUCUCUCCGAUCAAUCCACAUCCCUUCUCCGAUUCCCAUUCCUUAUUGA